AUGUAUGGGAGAUUGGGCAGCUCCGAAAGCGCGCGCGAGAUCUUCGACGCGAUGGGAUCCAGCAGGAAUUCCUUCUCAUGGUCGCUGAUGAUGAAUGCCUACGCCAGGAAUUCCUUGCUGCGCGAGGCUAGGCGUGUUUUCGAUGAGAUGCCUGAGAGAGAUCGAAACCUAGUGUGCUGGAACGCACUACUCGCGGCAUAUGCCCAAACGGGGCACUUUGAGGACGCAGAGGAUCUCUUCGAUCAAAUGCCCGGGAGGGAUUUGGUAUCAUGGAACACAAUGUUAAAUGCGUUUGUCACAACCAGAGAUCUGGGUCAAACGGCAAAACUCUUUGAAAGUAUUCCAGAGCCAAACCUGAUUUCAUGGACUUCCAUGAUCACAGCAAAUGCCCAAAGCGGGCAUCUGGAUGAAUCAAGAAAAAUGUUCAAUGACAUGCCCCAGAGAGAUAUUGUGUCGUGGAACGCAAUGGUGGCAGCAUUUACGCAGUAUGGGAGUUUUGAGGAGGGUAAAUUGGUGUUUCAUGGCAUGCCCGAGAGGGAUCUUGCGACGUGGAAUGUCAUGCUAACUGCGUAUGCCCAAGCAGGGCAAAUGGAGACUGCAGAGACUAUGUUCGAGGAAAUGCCACGCCAGGACCUGGGCUCUUGGAACGCGAUGCUUACAGGGUAUGCCUAUAGCGGGAGUACCAGGAAAGCAAAGGAUUGCUUUGAUCGCAUGCCCCAGUGGAAUAUAAUCUCCUGGAAUUGUAUGAUUUCUUCCUAUACUCAUGUAGAUCAGGCAAAGAUACUGUUUGAUCAAAUGCCGCAAAGAGAUGUGGUGUCCUUCAACGUGAUACUUGCUAUGUAUUUUGAACAUGCUCGACUUGAGGAAGCGAUAGGAGUCUUUGAUGCCAUGCCUGAAAGGAAUCUGGCACUCUUUAAAGAGAUGCCAAAGAGGGACGUGGUGUCCUGGAAUAUACUGCUCGUGUCUUAUGCCCAAGCGGGUCAUAUUGAGGAAUCCAAACAGCUGUUUGACGCAAUGCCAAAAAGAAACCUUGUAUCCUGGAAUGCACUUCUUUCGGUCUACGCACAGAACGGGCAUGUUGAAGAGGCCAAACAUGUUUUUCACAUUAUGCCACAGAAAGACUUGGUAUCGCUCACAUCUAUUCUUCCUGCUUAUGCCCAAACUGGGCAUCUAGAAGAUGCUAAAGCUUUGUUUGAUCAAAUGCCGGAGAGGGAUGUGGUGUUGUGGACCGCGAUGCUGGAUGCCUAUGGCCAGAACGGAAAUCUUGAGCUUGCCAAAGGAAUUUUUGAUGACAUGCCUUGCCAAAAUUUGAUAUCUUGGAAUGCAAUGUUGGUGGCUUAUGCGCAAAGCGGGUAUCUGGAAGAGGCUAAGCAUUUCUUUGACGUCCUGCCACAGAGGAGCAUUGUGUCUUGGAACACAAUGCUAUUGACAUAUACCCUAUCAGGUCAUAUCCUGGCAGCAAGGAAGACGUUUGAUCAGAUGGGGGAGAGAGAUACCAUCACUUGGAACACCAUCCUUUCAGUUUAUGCUCAGAGUGGAACACAGCAUGUCGAGGCCUUUUAUCUCUUCACUAGGAUGAAGCUUCUUGAUUCUUGCGACGGAGCUUCAUUUGCCUUAGCUCUCAUUUCUUGUAGCUACAUUGGCAAUGUUUCCAAGGGCAGGGAACUGUUUGUGUCCAUGGCUACCGACUUUGGAAUCAAACCCUCAAAGCAACACUUUUGCUGCAUGGUUGACGUAUUUGCCCGGUCGGGGCAUCUGCUGAAAGCCGAGGAACUCCUUCUAAACAUGCCGUUUGUGCCGGAUGCCGUCGAGUGGAGAUGCUUGCUCGGAGCUUCUCGGAGCCACAACCGGGUCAGAGAUGGCGCUCGAGCCGCAAGCUUUGUGUUCGAUCUAGAUCCCAAAGACACGGCAGGGAGUCAAUGGGACGUGCCAACGAAGAGAUUCAACACGCGGGUUCGAUUCCCUCCCCCACAUGCACAAGCGAUGAAUAUUCCUCCCUUGGUUUGUAGACGAUGUUUUGGAUCGCGAGGCCCGCAGCGUGGAAGCAUCUCAGGUGUGAACGUCCCAGAACCCCUGCGUUGCGAGAGGCGAGUCUUUGGCGCAAGGGUUUUUGCCCGAAGAUCGGAGGCGCCGCGCGCGAGGAAAUCUUCGUCUGGUGAGUCCUAG